CAGAGGGGAAAAGCUUUGCAAAUGUCUGUCUGAGAGACAAACUGUGGGCACAUAGAGGCUCAAACUUUAUAUUUUGUGGAUUUUUUAAAUUUUUAUUCCUGUAACAAAGAUGGAUUUACUGGACAGAUAGUGUUUCUCAUGAUACACCGAUGAAUGGAACGGUUUGAACCAUCCUUUUUGGGGGGUUUCAUCGUCGAGAUUUUCACAGAAAACGAAGCGAUGGAGCAUCAGAGAGCAAGUUUCCAGAGUUUAACUUUUAAAUAUGCUGAGUUUUUGUUUUGAUCGUCAAUAAACAAAACAAAACAAAAAAAACCUGUCUCUAUCUGUUGGAGGAAUUCCGGCCUGUCAGCUAUUUUGGUUCCUGUCUUGCUUUCACUAUUUUGUGAAAGGAGAUGUAAAAAGGAAGGAAGGGGAGAGCGAGAGAGAGAACGACAUAGAGAGGAGGGGUGAGAGACGUAUACGGUCCGAGCGUCUCGGCGAGUCUCACUUGUUUUCAGAGGAAGCUGAGAAGAGUACAAGUGACUCUCGUCCAUCACUCUCCUUCUCUUUGGCCCCUGAAGAAGUGAAGAGGCAACAUGGUUCGGUGGUUCCAUAGAGACAUCACAGGCCUGCAGGCCGAGGAAAUCCUGAAGACUCGAGGCAGUCAUGGCAGCUUUUUGGCUCGACCCAGCAAGAAGAACGUAGGAGAUUUCUCCUUGUCUGUCAGGGUGGGCGAGCUAGUGACCCACAUCCGGAUCCAGAACACAGGAGACUACUACGACCUGUAUGGCGGGGAGAAGUUUGCCACCCUGGCAGAGCUGGUGGAGUACUACACGGCCGAGAACGGCAUCCUGCAGGACAAGGACGGCACCGUCAUCGAGCUCAAAUACCCCCUAAACUGCUCCGACCCCACCACAGAGAGGUGGUACCACGGUCACCUGUCCGGGCCGAACGCAGAGAAGCUGCUCGGUGCUCGAGAUGAACCGGGGACCUUCCUGGUCAGAGAGUCGCUGUCCAAACCUGGAGACUUUGUCCUGUCGGUUCAGACGGACGAGAUGAGCAAAAAUGGAAAAAAGAGGGUCUCCCACAUCAAGAUAAUGUGUCAGAAUGACAGGUACACAGUGGGCGGCUCGGAGAUGUUUGACACGCUGACAGACCUGGUGGAUUUCUACAAACGCAAAGGCAUCGAGGAGAUCUCUGGGAACUGGGUUUAUCUCAAACAGCCGUAUUACUCCACCAGGGUGAAUGCAGCAGACAUCGACAGCAGAGUGAAACAGCUGGAUCAGACCACACAGAAGCAGCAGGAGGGCGAGGGAGAGAAGAGCAAGGCGGGCUUCUGGGAGGAGUUUGAUGCUCUUCAGAAGUUUGAAGCGAAGGUGAAAAAGAGCAGAGAAGAAGGCCAGAGGCCUGAAAAUAAGAGCAAAAACAGAUACAAGAACAUUCUUCCCUUCAAUGACACCAGGGUCAUCCUGCAGGACACUGACCCUGAAGUUGUGGGUUCAGAUUACAUCAACGCCAACUAUGUCAGAAACACCCUGUGGGAGUCCGGAGAUCAGAAAGUUUACAUCGCCACCCAGGGGUGCCUCGCAACAACUGUCAAUGAUUUCUGGCAGAUGGUGUGGCAGGAAAACACGAGGGUGAUCGUCAUGACAACAAGAGAGGUCGAGAAAGGACGGAAUAAAUGUGUGCCGUACUGGCCCGACCCUGAUAGCUCCAAGGAGGUGGGUCCAUACGUGGUGACGUUUACCUCAGAGAGGGAAGCUGCUGACUACAAAAUCCGCGUUUUGGAGAUCGCUCCUGUGGACAAGCCAAAUCUAUCUCGAACCAUCUGGCACUACCAGUACAUGAGCUGGCCCGACCACGGCGUCCCUCAGGAGCCCGGCGGCGUCCUCAGCUUCCUCGCUCAAGUGAACUCUAAACAGGCCGGCUUUCGUGAUUCUGGACCCAUGAUCAUCCACUGCAGUGCUGGAAUCGGUCGAACAGGAACGAUUGUGGUGAUCGACAUGAUCAUCGAGACCAUUGAAUCUAUAGGUCUGGACUGUGAUCUCGACAUCCCGAAAUACAUCCAGAUGGUGCGAGACCAGCGCUCCGGCAUGGUGCAGACGGAGGCCCAGUACAAGUUCAUCUACCUGUCUGUGUCCGAGUACAUACAGACCACCAAGGCCAAAGACUGCGCCUCCAUGGAAACUGAGACAGAAUAUGGAAAUCUGCAACUCAAACACCAACCAGCGGCAAGGAAGGUCUCAAAAAACAAGGAGGACGUUUAUGAGAAUCUGUCGAAAGGAAAGAAAGACGCAAAGAAGACAAAGUCAGACAAGAAAAGUGGCUCUGUGAAGAAAAGAUAGAAAGAGGUUUUAUCAAAGUAUGUCAUGUUUUUAUAUUUAUGCAGGCACUCUUUUGUUUGUAUUUUAGCUGAGACAAAAUAAAAUAAAUGAUGAAUGAAAUUAGAGACAGGAUGACCAGGUGACAUCUUGUGUGAAUGCUUGGUUGAAGCGUUUGUUGAGAAUAAAGUCGGAACAUGUGUGAACACUUUGUUUUGUAAUUAAUUCCAGUUAUUUCAACAAAGACAGAUUAGUAGUUGUGGGAGGCUUUAA